AAAUAGGUGAGGAAAUCGGAAGUGUUCGAAAUUUGUUUGUUAUUUAACAAAAUUAAAACUGAAAUAAAAAUUAAAAAAAAUAGAAAAUGUCUGGAAGAUUAAUCCUACGUCAGCUCUUUCGACAGGGCGCACUUGCACAACGCGUGCCUGUGUUUAAACGAUAUGAAAGUGCGUCAACAGCUACUGGUACGACCAGCACCACCAAACAGCCAACAUUCAAUAAGGACACUUUGAAGCAGCUUGUAAAUACAAAUAAGGUUGUAAUAUUUAUGAAAGGUAAUCCUGAAACACCGAAAUGUGGUUUCAGCAAUGCAGUCGUGCAAAUACUGCGAAUGCAUGGUGUACAAUAUGACGCACAUGAUGUACUUCAAAGCGAUGAAUUGCGACAAAGCAUCAAGGAGUUUUCCGAUUGGCCCACCAUCCCUCAGAUUUACAUAAAUGGCGAAUUUGUUGGCGGUUGUGAUAUUCUAUUGCAAAUGCACCAAAGCGGCGAUUUGAUAGAGGAGCUAAAGAAGGUUGGCAUAGAAUCACUCUUACUGACAGAAGCCAAAAACCCAGAAAAGUGUACUAAACCCGACCAAUAGUAAAAUCAUUGAAUUAUUAAUAGCACUUUGGAAAAUUUGUUGGAUAUUUAUGUAACUUUCGCGAUAUAUUAAACAUUUAUUAUAUUAUAAUAAUGUUAAAUAAAAUAAAAUUGCGUUGAAUUUAGGUGAUCACCCUUUCAAA